GUGUGUCAGACUAAAUGAGGUCUACACAGACACAGAGCUCAGGUUCUUUCUCCUGUCACUCAGCCAAGUCAAGCCCCGCCCACCUGGACUGAGGCCAAUAGAAAAGCAGGUCUGAACCACUGCAGGAUGAACAACAGACCCAAGACCACUUUUACCUGAGACACUUUGGACUCUUCGGAUCCGCUCAGGUUUCACUAUUUUGAUUUUAUUCAAUGCUGGUUUAGUCCUGGUUUAGUCCUGGUUUAGUCCUGUUUUAGUCCUGGUUUAGUCCUGGUUUAGUCCUGGUUUGAUUUAGUUUGUUCGUUUAUUUCCUGUUUAUUGUCUGUUUAAAUUUAUUCUUUAUUACAGAAUUUGUAAUUUUAACAUUUGUACAAUGUAAUAUCAGCGUAAAACUGCCAAAUCUGAGCUAAAAACAUCAUCAGUUCCACAUUUUGACACAAAACUAACUUAAAAUCAGACGAUGGUUCCUUGGAAAUCACCUGAUACGUAAAAGGAUAAACUUUUGCAGAGGAUCUGUCCAGACACGUCUGUGUUGUCCAUGACUGUCGAUUCAGCCUCUACAUCUGUGUUUGUCUGUUGUUUGUGUUGAGGACUUAUUUCACGUUGAAGGAAAAAGAAAUAAUAAUGAGGCGAGUCUGACUUACUCCGCACUCCGUCACAGGCUUGUCAGGCGCAUGCGCACUCUGUCACAGGCUUCUGUCAGACGCAUGCGCACUCUGUCACAGGCUUCUGUCAGGCGCAUGCGCACUCUGUCACUCAAACAUGCGGCCUCUGCAGUGAAAAUGAGAAAGGGCCAAACCUGUGACAGUUUUAGUGACUUCGCCCUCAACUUAAAGUCAAAUGACCCCAUAGUUAUAGAUCUUGUUAUGAAUAGUGUCAUAACCCGGCUCCAAGCCAUGACGGAAAAUACACAAAACCAGAUAUUCAAUUAAAUAAGGUGUUUAUUAAUCUAAACGAAUUGCCAAAUAAGGUAACGAAAAGGAAUUAGGAGACGCGCAGGUGACCGGCUGGGAGCAGGGUGAGCCAGCCCGAGCUUCUGACGUGCACGAGCUUUUAAAGGUGCAGUGCGUCGGGCCCUUGACGCACGCACCAGGAGUGCAUCUUCCAGCUCCACCUGCACAAAGUAAGAAGAUAACACACGGUAAUUCAUCUAAAGAUGGGGACCGUGACAAUAAACAUAAUUGUGUUUUUCAGUGGUUUUAAAUGACUUUUAUUUCGUCUUCAGGCAGUGAUUUGGACUUUUGUGUUGUGGAUUAAACUAAAAUGAGACUUUCUCUUGAUUUUGCUCGUGUGAUUUGAUUCAUUCUGUGUCUUUUUCAUUUCUAAUUAUUGAAUAUUUCAUUACAUUUUAAGUGUUCUUUUUAUUUCUCUUUGUUUCUGCUAAAUCUAGUUGUGAGGUUUUCUUGAGCCAUAGAAAAUAUCGUCUGUAUUUACAUGUUUACACAUGUUUGACUUUAGAGUGGACUUUUGGCAGUGGCUUCAUGCGUCGCCUCCUCCUGAGGGUCUGAGAUCACAUGAACCUGGACUGAGCAUGGAUCAGAGAGAGACCAGAGAGGACGGAGCCCCUCCCUCUAUAAAAGCUCACAGACCUGCUCCUGAGGCCAGAGGCGUCUCAUUCAAGAGUGAUCGCUCUAAAGGAGGAUGGAUAACAUUUAAAAGAGAACAUGGUCCAGAGAUCCACCAGAAACAUCCUCCAUCUGAACCUGGUCCCAUCUGUGAGUCCCUCAGGAGUGACUGGUCUAUGGACCGUCCACCUAAGUUUUCCACAGAACCAGUGGAGCAGCAGGGUCCAGAGGUCUCCAGUGGUCAGCACCAUCAGACACAGCUGGACUCCAUAUUUAAGCUUCUGGAGGAGGACAUCUUCACUUUUGUCCAGAAGGAGCUGAAGAAGCUCCACAAGGUUCUGAGUACAGAUUACCCAGAAUGCUUAGAGCCAGAGGAGGAUGAAGAGCAGAGGAGCAGCAGUGAGGCUGUUCUGAAGAUCACACUGAACUUCCUGAGGAGGAUGAAGCAGAAGGAGUUGGCUGAGCGUCUGUGGAGCAGGAGUUAUUCUGGAGUUUAUCAGCAUAAACUGAAGUCUAACCUGCAGCAGAAGUUUGAGUGUGUGUUUGAGGGCAUCACUAAAGCAGGAAACCCCACCCUUCUGAAUCAGAUCUACACAGAGCUCUACAUCACAGAGGGAGGGUCUUCAGAGGUCAACCAGGAACAUGAGGUCAGACACAUGGAAAGAGCCUCCAGGAAACCAGGCCCAGCAGAGACACCCAUCACAUGUGAAGACAUGUUUAAAGGCCCAGCUCACACACAUGGACCAAUCAGAACAGUGCUGACAAAGGGAGUGGCUGGCAUCGGGAAAACAGUGCUCACUCAGAAGUUCAGUCUGGACUGGGCUGAAGGCAAAGCCAACCAGGACAUACAGCUGCUGUUCCCGUUCACUUUCAGAGCACUCAAUGUGCUGAAGGAGAGAAGCUUCAGCUUGGUGACACUUGUUCAUCACUUCUUUAGUCAAACACAAACAGAACUCUGCAGCUUUGAAGACCUCCAGGUGCUCUUCAUCUUUGACGGUCUGGACGAGUGCAGACUUCCUCUGGACUUCACCAAAACCAAGGCCCUGACCGACCCCACAGAGUCCGCCUCACUGCACGUGCUGCUGGUAAACCUCAUCAGGGGGAGCCUGCUUCCCUCCGCUCACCUCUGGAUAACCACACGACCUGCAGCGGCCAAUCAGAUCCCUGCUGAGUGCGUCUCCAUGGUGACAGAGGUCAGAGGGUUCACCGACCCACAGAAGGAGCAGUACUUCAGGAAGAGGUUCAGAGACGAGGCCGACACAAUCAUCUCCCACAUCAAGACGUCCAGAAGCCUCCACAUCAUGUGCUACAUGCCAAUCUUCUGCUGGAUCACUGCCACAGUCCUGGAGUAUUUGUUGAAAAGCAGAGAGAGAGGAGAGCUGCCCAAGACCCUGACUCAGAUGUACAUCCACUUCCUGGUGGUUCAGGCCAAAGUCAAGAACAUCAAGUAUGAAGAAGGAUCUGAGACAGACCCACACUGGAGUCCAAAGACCAGGAAGAUGGUGAAGUCUCUGGGAAAACUGGCCUUUGAGCAGCUGCAGAAAGGAAACCUGAUCUUCUACGAGAGUGACCUGAGUGAGUGUGGACUGGACGCUGCAGAGGCCUCAGUGUACUCUGGAGUGUUCACACAGGUCUUUAGAGAGGAGUCGGGCCUGUACCAGGACAAGGUCUACUGCUUCAUCCAUCUGAGUGUGCAGGAGUUUCUGGCUGCUCUUCACGUCCAUCAGACCUUCAUCAACACUGGGAUGAAUUUACUUGUGGAGAAAAAGUCUGUAAUCUCCUUUUUAAAGUAUAACAUCAUUUACAGUGAUUCACUCAAGUUCUAUCACUCUGCUGUGGACCAGGCCUUACAGAGUCCAAAUGGACAUCUGGACCUGCUCCUUCGCUUCCUCCUGGGUCUUUCACUGUCGACCAAUCAGAGCCUACUACAAGGUCUGAUGACACAGACAGGAAGUAGCUCCCAAACCAAUCAGAAAACAGCUGAGUACAUCAAGAAGAAGCUGAGUGAGGAUGUGUCUGCAGAGAGGAGCAUCAACCUGCUCCACUGUCUGAAUGAACUGAAUGAGCCUUUCCCGUAAACAGUUGACGUAGCAGCCAUGUUGUUUCUGCCAGCAAUGAGUAGAAGCUGCAGUUCGUGUUAAAUAAGUGCUAAAAUAUCCUUCACAGAGUUUAAAGGAGCAUAUGCCUUUAAGACUUUUCUGCACAAAUGCGAUUUAUGUUUGACUCUUUCUUUGCUAAUUACAUCACGUUGUACAGACACGACACACUGUUAUAAUGAGGACUUUAAACUUUAAACUCAUUUUUAGGGAUGAUUAUUGAUUGAAACUAACCUGGAAGUGACACAAACAGAAUAAAAGUUAUAUCUCAGUGAUGAAGCAAAUCAAAUAUUGUGCAGAUUAUAAAGCCCUGAAUCUAUUGUACUGUUGUGUUGUUUUACCUUGAGUGUGUGUGUGUGUGUUGAUGUAAAUGUUGUGUUAUUUCACUUACAUGUGUAUCUGUUUUAUAUGUUGUAAGUAACAGUCGUUAAGAGAAUAAGGUAGUAUCUGUAUAAUUAUUCAAAAGUAAAACAAAGGUUUGUGUUUAAAUGUCAGGAUGACGUCUACAUGGAGUUGAAAAUACUGAACGGGGUGAGAUUAAAUCAGUAUUUUUACUUCUUCUCACUCCCUUUCCAGUGAAUAUAUGUUAUAAUCCCUAUAUACUCUGUAAACUGAAACAUGUGGACGUUUCUUUGAGCUCUGCAUAUGGUCGAAAUCAAAAGAAUCGAUCAAUAAUCAAUGAUGCAUAUAACUGUUGUCAUCUGCCUAAAUGUGUCUGUUCUUCACAUCAUAAACUUUUGAACAUUAAAGACGUGUUUCCUGUUUUCUGGUGCGUUUGAAUGUGUUCCAGAGGCUAAAGUGUGAUCACAUUUAUGUAUUAUGUAAUGUUAUAAAGUGUGAUGUAGUGGCGCCGCACUCGGCCCCUAAACACGCUCUAGAA